AUGGUAAAGGCGUCUCUGCUUAGAAAAGAUGGCAACUGUGAAUGGAAUUUUUUCAGCGUGGCUAAGAAUUCCUCACAAAGCAGCAGCAGUAGCAGCGGCAGCCAGAGAACCGUCUCCCCCCGGAAGGACCCUCAAGGGGAAGUCAAUGGACUACAGUUUAUGCAAAUCUUUAUCCACCUGCUGAAAAGCAACAUUGGCACAAGGUUCCUGGGGCUUCCCCUGGCUGUGAAAAAUGCCGGAUUGUUGGUGGGGCCUGUCAGCCUCUUGGCCAUCGGGGUCCUCACCGUGCACUGUAUGGAUAUCCUGCUGAAGUGCGCCAGUCACCUCACUCAGAGGCUGCAGAGGAGUCUUGUGAACUAUGAAGAGACCAUGAUGUACAGCCUGGAAACAUGUCCAAAUCCUUGGCUGAGGACGCACUCAGCGUGGGGCAGGUACAUUGUGAACUUCCUGCUGAUCGUCACUCAGCUGGGCUUCUGCAGUGUGUAUUUCAUGUUUAUGGCAGACAAUCUACAACAGAUUGUGGAAGAAGCGCACUUCACCUCCAACAUCUGCCAGCCGAGGGAGAGCCUGGUGAAGAUCCCCGUGCUGGAUGCUCCUUUCUACAUGCUCACCAUCCUGCCCUUCCUCAUCCUCUUGGUGCUUGUCCAGAACCCGCAGGUGUUGUCUGUCUUCUUCACCUUGGCUACCAUCACCACCCUGGGCAGCCUGGCUGUGAUCUUCAAGUAUCUCAUUCAGAUCCCAUGGCACAGCAGCUUGCCUCUGGUGGCAAGCUGGAAGACUUUCCUGUUGUUCUUCGGCACAACCAUCUUCACCUUUGAAGGUGUGGGGAUGGUUCUUCCUCUCAAAAGCCAGAUGAAGAGUCCACAGCAGUUCCCUGCCGUGCUGUAUCUGAGCAUGUCCUUUGUUAUCUUCCUCUACAUCUGCCUGGGGACUCUUGGCUACAUGAAGUUUGGCUCAGACACUCAGCCUAGCAUCACCCUCAACUUGCCCAAUUGCUGGUUGUACCAGUCAGUCAAGCUGAUGUACUCUGUUGGCAUCUUCUUCACUUAUGCCCUCCAGUUCCACGUCCCAGCUGAGAUAAUCAUCCCCUACGUCAUCUCGAGAGUGUCUGAGAAGUGGGUUCUGUUCGUAAACCUGACCGUUCGCACAGCCUUGGUCUGCCUGACCUGUUUCUCGGCCGUUUUCAUCCCUCGCCUGGACCUGGUCAUCUCCCUGGUGGUUUCUGUGAGCAGCAGCACCCUGGCCCUCAUCAUCCCGCCCCUGCUGGAGAUCGCCACCUUUUACUCUGAGAACAUGAGCUGUGUGACCAUUGCUAAAGACGUCAUGAUCAGCAUCCUGGGCCUCUUAGGGUGUGUAUUUGGGACAUACCAGGCGCUCUACGAGAUGACUCAGCAGGCCCACCUUUCCAUGGCUAACUCUACAAAGGGCUACACAUAAUUGCCUAUU